AUGAAGCAACAUCUUGCUGGAGUUAAGCAACAUGUUGCUAUAGUCAAGCAACAUGUUGCUAGACAACAUGUUGCUGGAGUUAAGCAACAUGUUGCUAGAGUUAAGCAACAUGUAGCUAGAGUUGAGCAACAUGUUGCUAGAGUUAAGCAACAUGUUGCUAGAGUUAAGCAACAUGUUGCUAGAGUUAAGCAACAUGUAGCAAGUGUUGAGCAAUAUGUUGCUAGAGUUAAGCAACAUGUUGCUAGAGUUAAGCAACAUGUUGCUAGAGUUAAGCAACAUGUUGCUAGAGUUAAUCAACAUGUUGCUAGAGUAUAUCAUCACGUUGAUUGA